GCGGCUGCAAAGAGCAGCACCCGCUGUCUCCAUUCUCUCUGGCUGGUGUGGUGCUGGGAUUAGGCCCGCCCUGCUGCGCCGAAGGAAAAGGGCGAGUGAGUGGAGACAGUGGCUGCUCCAGGGCGGUGGCGGUGGGUGCUUACACUCACACACUCUUCCUCUGGCCAGAGCCGCAGGGAAAAAGAGGAUGGGGUCCCUUUGAGGCUAGGGCAUGUUGCCAAGAGGAGCCCCCAGUCUGCGAUCGGCCCUUGCUAGGGCCUAAUCGCCCUGACCCCCCACCGUCCGUGAAGCAGAGCCUAAAGCCGCGAUGUCGAGUUUUGCAGGGCCGGUCACAUGGCUAACAAAAGCUCAGCAGGAAAUGAGUUCUGGUUCCUGGGUCGCAGGCAGUUCUGCUUCUGUACAGAAGAGCAGAGCUCUGGGAUCGCUGGGGAGCGCUAAUUUUACCGGAUCUGUUGCAAAUCUCUUCAGUGAUGAGACAUUGCUGGGAAGUAUGGAUAAAAAUAUUGCAGAACAGCUCAAUAAAGCCUAUGAAGCCUUUCGGCAGGCAUGUAUGGAUAAAGACUCAGCUGUAAAAGAGCUAAAACAAAAGACGGACAGCUAUGAGAAGCAAAUACGCGAACAACAGGAACAAAUCGUACAUCUAACCAGCAUUGUUACAAAACUCAAAUCACAGCUGGCUGCCUUGAAUGUGAACAGAGUUAAUACACACGAUCAAGUUCCAGUACUUGAAGACAAAACAAGAAGAAAUGGUACCUUGCUAAACUUGAAUUCUGAUCAGCUCCAUGAAAAGCUGAAACAAUCAGUGCAAAGAGAGAAACAGCUAAAGGAACAAUUAGAGAAUGAGAGUAUCAAAUUAAAGCAAACAGAAGAAGAAAGUAAUUUAAAGGAAAAGAAAUUUGAGUCUGUUAUCACAAUCAAAGAAGAUGAAAUAAGGCAUCUGAAAAAACAGCUCAAAGAAAUAAACGAAGCACAAAAUUGCAUGCAUGUACCAAGAUAUGAAAAAGAGGGAAGGAGUGAAAAACAUCAUUCCUCUAGGCAGGAAUUAUCUCCAGGGGGCUUUCCUACAGCAGCCUACGAAAGGGAUGAACUUGAGACUGUUUUCUGGGGGAUGAAGGAAGAAUUUCACCGAAUACGCACACUCGCAAAAGCACAGACGGACCAGCUGAGUAAAUGUAACCUGAGGAGAGAACCUGAAACUGAAAUUCCAUUCUCCAAGCCUAUCCAGUGCAGUGAUGAACAAGCAGAUGAUCUCUGUAACCCUUGGGUUAAAAAAGAUCUAAGUAGAGAUGUUUCACACUUCCCGUCUAUCGCACCAGGAGGAAUGGGCCAAGACGAGGAAGAGAACUCUGUUGAGUCGCUUUCUAAAUUUAAUGUCAAGUUCCCACCAACCGACAAUGACUCUACUUUUUUGCAGAGCAGUCCAGAUACACCACCAAUCUCAUGCGGUGUGGUGACUGAAGACUUACUUCAGGAUCAGCAGUUUAAUAGAGAGCUUGGAAACCAGACUAUGAACUUCAGUGAGGUGGCAGGUAACUUGUUUGAGGAGCACGGUACUGACCCGGUUGUUUCGACUCUGCAUAACCUAUCGCCUGCUAGCAAAGCUAAAACCUCAGCCCACACGAACACACUUGUACAGAGUCCUUUGGAGAAAGCUCCAGGCUUUAAACCACAAUUCUUAUACACCUAUGGAACCUCUAUGUUCACGAAGCAAGAUAAUCCUGAAAAAAACUUUCCCUCCUUAGAAGCUAAUGAGAGAACUGUUGGAGCACCUCAGCAGCCACUCUGGAAGCCGUAUCACACUCAAGACAGUGACUUAUUGGCACCUGCUUCUGCAGACUCAGAACUUGAUCAGCCUGGAAUAUGUGAAUUCUGUCAAAAGGUUUUCCCACCAUCUCUUACAUCCAGGGAGGACUUUCUGCGGCAUCUGAAUUCACACUUCAACUUGAAGAUUUAGUGUAACUGGAACACAGAUAAAUUUCUUUUUAAUUGAA